AUGGCUGAGCCCGUACUCACCCCUACGAUCACACAGUUCUCAUUGGAGCCCGAGGAACUGAAGAGUCAUGAGUACAUCCUCCCGCGCAAGCUGAUCUUGACAAAGGAGAACCUCGAGGCGUUCCAAGCAUCCAAGACACACGAAACGAUCGUCUCGUAUAUCACUGCGCUGAACGAGCGUGUGGUUGGCGUGAAGCUCACAGACGACAUUCCCAUUUCGCCUGGCGUACGAGCUGUGUUGGACGUGCUUGACCGGGUAUUGGAGACGGCCAGGAGCAUACCUCCUGUGGACAACAAGGCGUCGCGCUUCGGUAACCCGGCAUUUCGGACGUUCUACGACGGGGUCCAGGAGAGCUCUCCUGAACUGCACAGGACCAUCCCUGGACUGCCGGAAGCUGCAAUACCCGAAAUAAGCGUAUACUUCGUGGAGGCAUGGGGCAACCGAACGCGAAUCGACUAUGGGAGCGGUAUGGAGCUUAAUUUCCUGUGCUGGAUGCUCUCAAUAGAGAAGCUGGGAGUGUUCCAGGAGAGCGAUCAUACCGCGUUGGUCGUCAAGGUGUUCUGGAAAUAUAUACAGGUCAUGCGCGUACUGCAGUCGACAUAUUGGCUUGAGCCUGCAGGUUCGCACGGCGUUUGGGGUCUGGAUGACUACCACUUCCUGCCAUUUCUAUGGGGCGCCGCCCAACUGCGAGGACACAAAUACAUCCGCCCAAAAUCGAUACACGACGCCGAGACAACGGAAGAGUUCUCAAAGCACUACAUGUACCUCGCCUGCAUUCAGUUCAUCAACUCGGUCAAGACCGCCUCCCUCCGCUGGCACUCGCCCAUGCUCGACGACAUCUCGGCUGUCAAGACCUGGGACAAGGUCAACUCCGGCCUCAUGAAGAUGUACCUCGCCGAGGUGCUCGGCAAGCUCCCCGUAAUGCAGCACUUCCUCUUCGGCUCCCUCCUCCCCUGGGACGGCCCUCUCCCCGCUCCGCCCUCGGGGAUCGAUCCCAACGACCCGCACUACGGCCAUGCGCACGCGCAUGCGGGAGUGGCGGAUCUGGGCGGGGUCGGGCAGCAGCAGACGGGGUGGGGCGACUGCUGUGGAAUCCCCGUUCCUUCGGUGUUCGCAGCAGCGCAGGCGGAGAAGAAGCCUGGGGCGAGGCAGUUAGCGGGCCCGGGGAUCAGGCCUGUACCCUUCGACUGA